AUGCGAAGUAGUCAUCCAGGCACGAUAUCUUUUCAUUUGACAUUGCUCUCUGAUAGGGGCAAGUUUAUCAGCCUCGAGCACGUCAAUUGCCGCGUCAGGAUAGGUUGCCAUGAGCACCCGCCUUGGCCAGACGGCAUUUGUACUAAGUGCCAGCCAAGCCCCAUAACUCUGGACCGCCAGACCUACCGACAUAUCGACUAUGUUCAAUUCGAGAAUGGACAAUUAAUGGAAGAUUUCCUUGACUACUGGCGCCAAACAGGUCGUCAGCGUGUCGGUCUUAUGCUUGGGAGGUACGCACAUUUUGACUACGCCGGCGCGCCACCGCUUGCCAUCAAAGCGAUUGUAGCCGCCAUCUACGAGCCGGCCCAAGUAUUGAUUCGUUGUUUAAGGCCCUGUUUAAUGUUGAAUAAUCUUUGA